UCAAGCUGUGCUUCUUGUUCCUUCUUGCUUUCAACUUUAAUCUCUUUUUAUUUCUUCAAUUUUACAUUCACUUUUGCUUAAAAUGUAAACACGAAGUUUUAUCUGGAUCAUUCGUAUUCAUCUCAUUUUUUGUGGUUGAGACUUCUGGAAACUGCACAGAAAAUGAUAAGUAUCAGGUUGUGGAUGCUGGAAUUGACCAUUUACUUGGUCCAGAUUUUCACUUUUGGGUCCUGCGAAGAGGUUACACCAUGUACAGCUGGAUUCUCUGAAGAAUUUUACUUGUUCAAAGCAGAUCAAAAAUAUUUGGGCAAGGGAAGGACAAUAGGGAAAGUUCUAUAUGAUGACUGCAGUGGGCGCCAGAGGUUCCUCUAUAACGCAGCAGAUUCCCGUUUUAAGGUGGAAUCAGAUGGGACAGUCUUAAUAAAAAGGCCCGUGACCUUACAUGAAGGGCACAGGAGCUUCUUUGUUCAUGCCUGGGACUCAGUGGGCAAGAAGGUCACUGCAAGAGUCACGGUGCAGCUUGAGCCACAGACCAGCCAUGUGGUUCUUGGUGUGGAAAAUGUCCCAGCUGAACAGUUUGAUGGCAGUGAGUCUAUCCCAGUGCUGGAGUUUCCAUGGUCGUCGGCUGGCCUCAAAAGAAGGAAGAGAGAGUGGGUGAUUCCUCCAAUCACAAUUCUUGAAGGUGGAAUGGGUCCCUUUCCUAAGGAUGUAGUGAGGAUCAGGUCCAGUAAGGAUAAAGAACUUGUAAUGGAGUACUGGAUUACUGGUCCUGGUGCAAAUGAGCCACCUAAAGACAUUUUCACUAUAGACAAAACCUCUGGCCAGCUCUAUGUAACACAGCCUUUGGACAGAGAGAAGUGUGCCACCUACACCCUUCUGGCUCAUGCUAAAGCUGUUGGAUCUUCUCUUACAAAAGAGGACCCUAUGGAAGUCAUAAUUAAAGUGGGUGAUCAGAAUGACAACAAGCCUGUCUUUACACAACAUGUAUAUACGGGCAGUGUUCCAGAAGCCGUGGGUGCAGAUUAUGAGAUCCUGAGUGUCACAGCAACAGAUGCUGAUGAUCCCGAGACAAGUAAUGCAGCCUUAAGAUACAGCAUUAUAAGUCAAGAUCCAGCACUACCAGCUAAAGACAUGUUUGCUAUUAAUCCUACUACUGGGCAGAUCCGACUGAAUAAUGGUCAACUUGAUAAGAAGAAAUACCCUCAGUAUACACUGACGGUUCAGGUUGCUGAUAUGAUGGGAGAAGGUUACUCAGUUACCUGUACAGCCGUAAUCACUGUGACGGACAGUAAUGACAACGCUCCUCAGUUUGACCAACAAAACUAUGAGGCGACUGUGCCAGAAAAUCAAAAAGACUUUGAAGUUCUGAGGUUGCCAGUGACUGAUGUUGAUGAUCCUGAAACUCCUGCCUGGUUCACAAAGUUUAAGAUUAUCCAAGGGAAUGAUGGGAAUGUCUUCAAUGUGUCAACUGCCCCUGGUGGCCUGGAUGGCGUCGUCACUCUAAUAAAGGAGCUGGACUUUGAGAAGAAGAACAAAUACACGUUGAUGGUUACAGUGGAGAAUGAAGCUCCAUUUGCUAUCCCGCUGCCCACAGCCACAGCCACAGUGGUGGUGAAUGUGCAGGAUAAGAAUGAAGCUCCAGUGUUCAAUCCACGCGAGAAGCAUGUGUCUGUGGAAGAGAACUUGGCUGUGAAUGAGAUAGUGACUCAGUAUACAGCAACCGAUCCAGACACUCGCAUGAAACAGACAAUAGAGUAUAGAAUGGUUCCAGAUCAACUUGGAUGGCUAGCUAUUAAUAAAACUACUGGCUACAUCGCUGUUAAGAGCAAAAUGGACCGAGAAGAAUCCUCUCUUAUUGAUGGAAAAUACAAAGCUCUGGUUCUUGCUGUUGAUAAUGGUACCCCUCCUACCACAGGGACUGGGACAUUGAUUGUGGACCUGAAGGAUGUGAAUGAUAAUGCCCCAACAAUCGACCAAAGAGAGAUCCGUAUCUGUAACAAGGACCCCGAGCCAGUGUUGCUCUCCGUCAGUGACAAGGACGGGCCUCAGUUUGGCCCCCCCUUCAGAGUGGAGCUUCGGGAUAAAUCCAGGAACAACUGGACUGCAAAAAUGAAUGAAAGCAAUACAGGCAUUAUACUCACAUUGAAGGAACAGCUACCACGGGACAAGUACAAUGUGGUCCUAAGGAUCUUUGACAAUAAUAACCUUUUUCAAGAUAAUACUCUCGCUGCUGAAGUCUGUGACUGCACCGGAAAGGACGCUACGUGUGACGACAAAUACGUUGCUGGCUUGGAGCUGCCGGGGAUUCUGGGAAUCUUGGCAGCUAUCCUACUCCUGCUUUUGCUUGUCCUGCUGCUGCUCAUGUUCCUGAGGAGAAGGACCCGGGUGAAAAAGGAGCCGCUGCUCCAGGAUGACGACAUCCGGGACAACAUCUACUACUAUGAUGAGGAAGGUGGUGGAGAGGAAGAUCAGGACUACGAUUUAAGUCAGAUACACAGAGGACUGGAUAACAGGCCGGACGUUUUCCGUAAUGACGUGGCUCCGACGUUCCUGGCUGCACCACAGUACCGGCCCAGGCCCGCCAACCCUGAAGACAUCGGCAACUUCAUUGACGAUAACUUGAAGGCUGCAGAUACAGAUCCAACGGCUCCCCCCUAUGACUCCUUGUUGGUGUUUGAUUAUGAGGGAGGGGGCUCAGAUGCUGGUUCCCUCAGCUCUCUUAACUCCUCCAGCUCUGGGGAGGACCAAGACUACAACUGCCUAAAUGAAUGGGGGCCACGAUUUAAGAAGCUGGCUGACAUGUAUGGUGGUGGUGAAGAGGACUGAAGGUCAUGUGACAGACUUUGUGCUUGUGUCCAUUGAGUCCUGUGCCGCUCUGUCCUGACAGACUGUUGCCUUGCUGUCUGGUUCUUACUCCACACUUGUGGUUUAAUGGGAGUUGCUUUUGAAUGUGAGAUCAUUCUCUGAUGUCUGAUGUGGGGCUAGGACACGAGUUUGUGUGUAUAUACAUACCAAAUGAACUUGGAUUAAUUGUUAAAAUGAUGAUUAAAGGUGAUUGAAUAUUUUAAAGUGCUUUCCAUGCUCAGUUUAAAUUUAAUUCAUAGUCAUAUUUAGUGCCUUAAAGACAUUUUUCACUUUGCUUUUAUGAGUGUUUUUCACACUUGCAUUCAUUGUGAUUUGUUAGGAAGUUUUGUUAAAGAUUUUUAUUAAAAUAUUAAAAACAAA